AUGGCACUUGGGGAAGAUGACAUUUUAUCAUUGCCAUUCAAGUGAGUUUUACAAGCGGAGGUUUUUGGGAAUUACUUUAAAAAUUGGAAAAUUUCAAGAAAAAGCAUCUGAAGUUUUGCCCACGGAGUAUUUUGAAAAACCGGUUCACAGGAUUCAUAAGAAAUUAACUGAUUUUUCAGAAAUUUCAGUAAAAAAUUUAGCUUAUUAGUUUUUUUUCAGUACUAUAUUUCAAGAUUUUUUUUGCAGAUAUGUAGUUUUUUGUGUAGCUGGUCUACCAUCUUCCGCAUUAUUCAUUUGUGUUAUUUUGUCACUUUGGCUUCAUUUCGAUCAAGCAAUAUCAACUCAUUGUGAAGUUCCCAAUUGGUUAGUUUUUUUUUUGAAAUAUAAGUUAUGACGUGUAAAAGUUGCCAUUAUUUUCAAAAAUCAAAUCUUUGGCAAAAAACAAUUUAGAAUUCGAUUCUAGGCCUAAAUUACAACUUUGCCACGUCAUAACUCAUUGCGCGACUCUCAAUAAUUAUUCCAAUUCAGGCUUCCCUCAAUAUCCGCCGCAGUUUCCACAUAUUCUCCAGAAAAAUAUAUCUGGAGAUUUCUGAUUGGUUUACACAUCGGACCUCGUUUACUCAUUGCUCUUGCCUUCCGAAAUUUUCUUGCCAGUUCACCACUUCGACCAAUCAGCGGAUUUCGAAAAUUUCAAAGAUUAUGUAAUUUGGCGUGUUUAUUGAAUUUAGCUGAAAAUUGUUUUUUGUUGGGUCUCACUUCGAUUUCUUCAAGUGAAGAUCAUGGAUUACACGCGAAAUGUUUUGGUGGUUUUGCGAUUUGUUCGAUUUUAUAUAUGUUGUUGAGCACUUGGUUAUUUAAUGAAUCCGGAAGGAGAAGAGCAACUAAUUUAGUGAGUUUUUUUGAGGGGAGAGGGAGGGGGUAAAAUAUUGGAUUACCUUAAGAAUGAAGGUCCGAAAAAUUCAAAGUUUCUGAAAAAUAUUUUUUGUUGUAUUUUGAUUGUUCAAAAAAAUUCAAAUUUAUGGGGAAAAAAUAGUUUUACCAUUUCCACAUCAAAUCUCUCAUUUUUUUAAAUACGCUAUGGUUUCAAAUUUUAAAUAAUGAAAAUUCUGAAAAAAUAAAAAAAUAAAAAAAACAUUUGGAUUUCUGAUAGGAUAUUUUUAUAGCACAUAACUUUUUUUACUUGAACAUUUUUGGAUUUUUUUGGAAUUUGUAUCCGAAAUUCAGUUUUUCUUUUAAAUUAACUCUAGGAACAAAUUCAAAAAUGUUGAUUAUUGUCUUGAGGUUGAUCCUAACUUAUAAUUUUUUGGAUCAAACCAGAAUUGCUAAUUUUUCAAAUGUUUCAAUUUUCCAGGGCGAACGAUCCUAUGAAUAUAAAAUAUUGGGUUCCGCAAUAUUCAUAUUCUGUUUCGUAAUGGGCGGAUAUUUAUACUGGCGACACAAUACAUUCUGCGAACCUGGAAUUUAUACACUUUUUGCACUCGUCGAAUAUUCUGCCGUAUUCUCCAAUAUCUUUUUCCACUGCACACUUUAUUAUGAUUUCCAUGGCAAAAGUGUCUCGUUGAGUUCGUCGUUUGGCGGAUCACAUUAUUCCAUUUUGCCAACACAAAUUGAAAAAGAUACAUAG